AUGCUUGGUCUUCUUCUGAGAAUUCAGAAGAAAUCCUCCUCUUUAUUUGGCUCUGCUGUCAGCUACAUGUUGAAGAUGGCUCAAGGGUCCUUUCAACACUUCAUCAGCUUUACUUUGCUUUUACUAUGCAGCAAACCUGGCCUUGGAUCCGGGUGCGUAGAGAAGGAAAGACAAGCUCUUCUUGAUUUCAAACAAGGGCUUGUCGAUGAUUUUGGAAUCCUCUCUUCAUGGGGGAAUGAAGAAGAUAGAAGAGAUUGCUGCAAAUGGAGAGGAGUCCAGUGUAGCAACAGAACCAGCCAUGUGAUCAUGCUAGAUCUCCAUGCCCUGCCAACUGAUACGGUUCACAAGUACCAGUCUCUGAGAGGUAGGAUCAGUUCUUCACUGCUUGAACUGCAACACUUGAAUCAUUUGGACCUCAGCCUCAAUGAUUUUCAAGGAAGUUAUGUACCUGAAUUCAUUGGCCUCUUCAGCAAAUUGAGAUACCUUAAUCUCUCUGAGGCUCGUUUAGCUGGAAUGAUUCCUAGUCACCUUGGAAAUCUUUCCAACUUGCAUUUUCUUGAUCUUAGUCGUAAUUAUGGUAUGAGUUCUGAAACCCUCGAGUGGCUUUCUCGCCUUUCGUCUUUAAGGCACCUUGAUUUGAGUGGCCUGAACCUUGACAAAGCCAUCUACUGGGAACAUGUAAUCAAUAGACUUCCUUCUCUUACUGAUUUGCUCUUGCAUGACUCUGCUCUUCCUCAGAUCAUCACUCCAUCAGCUCUAUCCUAUACUAAUUCUUCUAAAUCUCUUGUGGUUCUUGAUCUCUCUUGGAAUUUUCUCAGUUCCUCGGUAUACCCAUGGUUGUUCAAUUUGAGUAGCAGCCUGGUUCAUCUCGACCUCUCAAUUAAUCAGAUACAGGGUCUGAUUCCAGAUACUUUUGGGGAAAUGGUGUCUCUGGAAUAUCUCGAUCUCUUCUUCAAUCAACUUGAAGGUGAGAUUCCACAAUCCUUGACUAGCACCAGCCUUGUUCAUCUUGACCUCUCUGUCAAUCAUCUGCAUGGUUCCAUUCCAGACACUUUUGGUCACAUGACUUCUCUUUCGUAUCUCGAUCUCUCCCUGAACCAACUUGAAGGGGGCAUUCCUAAGUCUUUCAAGAACCUGUGUUCUUUACAAAUGGUAAUGUUGCUUUCCAACAGUCUCACCGCACAGCUUCCUGAGUUUGUCCAGAACUCAUUGAGCUGCAGCAAGGACACACUGGAGGUUUUGGUAUUAAGUUGGAACCAAUUCACAGGGUCAUUUCCUAAUUUUACCGGAUUUUCAGUGUUGGGGCAUUUAUAUAUCGACCACAACAGAUUAAACGGGACUUUUCCUGAACAUAUUGGGCAGCUAUCUCAGCUUGAAGUUCUUGAAAUUUCGGGUAAUUCCUUGCAUGGUAACAUCACUGAAGCUCACCUCUCUAGUCUCUCUAAACUGUACUGGUUGGAUUUGUCAUCCAACUCUUUGGCUCUGGAAUUGAGCCCUGAAUGGACACCCCCAUUUCAAGUUGGAUAUUUAGGCUUAUUGUCCUGCAAAAUGGGGCCAAAUUUUCCUGGUUGGCUUCAAACACAAAAGGAUUUGUUCAGCCUUGAUAUCUCCAACUCCUCCAUUUCAGAUGUCAUCCCCAGCUGGUUUUGGAAUCUAACUUCCAAGUUGAUUAAGCUAAGAAUAGCCAACAAUCAGAUCAGGGGCAGAGUGCCAAGUUUAAGAAUGGAAACUGCUGCUGUGAUAGAUUUGAGUUUGAACCGCUUUGAGGGUCCAAUACCAAGUCUUCCUUCAGGCGUUCGAGUUUUGAGUCUCUCCAAGAAUUUGUUUUCAGGGUCUAUUUCGUUGUUAUGUACAAUAGUUGAUGGGGCUUUGAGCUAUCUAGACCUCUCAGAUAACCUACUAUCAGGAGCUCUUCCUGAUUGUUGGCAACAAUGGCGAGACCAAUUGCAAAUUCUCAACUUGGCAAACAACAAUUUCUCAGGGAAACUUCCUUACUCGUUGGGCUCCUUAGCUGCGCUUCAAACAUUGCACCUGUACAACAACGGUUUCCUUGGAGAAUUACCUUCGUCUUUGAUGAAUUGUACAAAACUAAGACUUGUUGACAUGGGGAAAAAUAGAUUCUCAGGAGAAAUACCAACAUGGAUAGGAGAAAGGCUAUCAGACUUGGUUGUUCUCAGCCUUAGAUCAAAUGAAUUUCAUGGAAGCAUAUCUUCAGAUAUAUGCCUACUAAAAGAGCUUCAAAUAUUGGACUUUUCCCGAAACAAUAUAUCGGGUACCAUACCAAGGUGCCUCAACAAUUUUACUGCCAUGGCUCAGAAAAUGAUAUAUUCAGUCAUUGCCCAUGAUUAUCUUGCCUUAUCGAUUGUUCCUAGAGGUCGUAACAACUUAGGAAUCACUCCUCGAUGGGCUUAUAGCAGUGGUAGCUUUGAUACCAUAGCCAGAUAUGUUGAUAGUGCAUUGAUUCCUUGGAAAGGAGGUGAGUUUGAGUACAAAAAUAUUCUUGGACUAGUGAGGAGCAUUGAUCUUUCAUCCAACAAAUUAAGUGGAGAGAUUCCUAAAGAAAUAACCAAGCUCAUGGAAUUGAUUUCGUUGAACUUAUCAAGGAACCAUUUGAAUGGACAAAUCCCUUCAAUGAUUGGUCAAUUAAAAUCAUUAGAUGUUCUUGAUUUGUCUAAAAACCAGCUUGAUGGCAAAAUUCCUAGUAGUCUCUCUCAAAUAGAUCGACUCAGCGUCCUGGACUUGUCAAGUAACAACUUAUCAGGUCAAAUUCCAUCAGGUACCCAGUUACAGGGAUUUGAGGCUUCUUCAUACAUGGGAAAUCCUGAACUGUGUGGGUCACCGCUGAAGACAAAGUGUCAAGAAGAUGAGACAGCACAAACUUCUCCCACCUCAGACGGCAAUGAAGAUGACCUUCAAGACGAUGAGUUUGAUCCAUGGUUCUAUGUUAGCAUUGCUCUUGGAUUUCUUGUAGGAUUCUGGGGAGUUUGGGGCACUUUAGUACUCAAAAGCUCAUGGUCAGAGGCCUAUUUUCGGUUCUUGAACAAAAUAAAAGAUUGGUUUUUCUAA